AUGGCCCCGGCUCCUCCAUGGAUCCCUACACCUCGCGUAUCAUGGAUCAUCGAGCCCGCCGUCGGUACCCAACUUCCAGCCCUCGAUGACUUUUGCAUUGGAUGGAAAAGAUUUUGGGCUUGUGAACCUAUCCCCGGUUCGGAUAUGGAUAUACCAAACCACCCAUUUUACCGAAUUGCGGACUAUUAUCCUACAGACAAGGAGGGCUGCUUCAGCGCCAGUCUACAAGAAUUGGGCGCUCUUGACCUCUGGAGGUCUUGUAUUAGAAAAUGUCUGACUGUUUACCAUGCUGAUACGAUUGAUCCGGACGAGCAGCUUGGACGGGAGAUUAUCGAGGAACUAAGCGCCCCACGGCAAUUCGAAGAACUCGCGGUUUGUUUUGGCACCGAUGACCUCAUGCUUGUCGAACGGGGUCACCAAUUCUCAACACUGGGUGAAUUCCGCGCCCGAUCUUUCCUAAGAAUGAUCGGAGCUAUGUUGGAACAACAUCAAAGCUUCGUAACGUCUCAAUAUAUCAGACGGUUGAUCCAAGGAUCUGUUGACCAGCUCGUUGCAAUCAGACUCCGUGAAACCUCUCGGCAACGGCCACGACGUAGGGGUGUGGAUUGGUCCCGACUUGGCGAUGUUGAAGAAGAGAAAGAUCCGACGCAGUUUAUUACGGGCGAUGCACCACCUGGACACCGUCGAGGCCAACCGGUCCCCUUGGAGAGUAUUACGAAUCGCGUUGUGCAAAGUACGGAGGAUUCUACAAUGAAUCCUGGACCGGCUAACCCAAAUCCUAGUUCGCUACCCGCGGCGGGUGGUACUGGUACCUCGAGUAAUGGUCCAACUGGGGGACCAGAUCCUAGGGCAAGUAGUGGACCUAGUAGUGGGCCGAGUAGCGGACCAGCUGGUGGAUCAGGCGCCGUGCCAGGUGCUAGAUCGGAAGGGGGGCUAGGAAACGAACUGGGAGAGGUGUCAGGGGACGAGCCGGAAGAGGGUCUAGGCAUUGGACCGGGAGGAGAGCUAGGAAAUGAGCUAAAAGGCGGGCCAGGCGACGAGCACGGAAAUGAGGCGGGCACCGGAUCAGCUAUUGAGUCUAGUAACAGGUCGCCAAAAGAAUCCGAUACAUAUACCCAGGGUGAUGGCCCUUUGGACCUCAUGGAUAUUGAUAAUGACAACUUCGAAACAGCAAGUGAGGGACACUCGGAAGAUUAUACUCUCCAAAUGCCGGAACAACGGGAUCCUUGGGAAGUGAUGAGAGACCUUGAAUUCUCUGACGAACGAAAAACGAUAGAUGAUACGCGAACUCCUUUUCCAGGAAUAACCCUAUCGAGCACAUUGAAGAAAUAUAACCACGGUGUCUACUGGCCGGAUAGAACAAGAUAUUUCACGCCGCCAAAUGUCAUCGAGCCGAUACUGCCGCGCUCUGAUGUUAUAUCGCCGCUUAUUUUGGGUCUUUCAUUGCGCCAGAUCGCGAAUAGGUUGACUGCAGAUACAUAUACGCCGAGUGUUCCUCUAAUUUCUGCUAUAAGUCUCGAUGUUAACACUAUUGAGUCUAAUUUGAUAGAAGCGAGGGCUCUGAAUAGUCAACCUCUGCCCCAGCCUAGCGGAACAAUUGUUCCAACUGAGGCUUUAGGGCAAAUGGACAUAGAUGAUGAUGGGUGGGGAUCCUCGGGUACUUCAUGA